AUGCUUGAUGAGCAUCAUGAUGUUAUCGUACCUUCUGCGAAUGAAGAACCGCAGACUGGAGAGGGAGGGGAGUGGGAAGAAAAUCCUGCUCCGGAGUCUCGACUAGGUACUUACGUAAAACGGACUGGUGCGGAUGGGUCUAUCCGCGAAACCGCACCGCGGAUAAGCAUUUCCACGGAUAACUUAUCCGCGGAUGAAAUUCCCACGGAUACCGCAGUUUCUGCGUAUCCACAAAAAACAGCCGGAAAUUUGCGGGACUAA